CAAUUCUAUAUAUAUAACGUAUUGUCAACUUAAUGAAAUUGAAUACAUCCAAAUGUUUGUAUUAUGGGUUGUCAAAACGUUCUUUAUGACUUGUAAAAUUAGAGGUAUAAUCUGUUAAUAUAUUGUUUUAUAAAACCAGCUAAUCUGCACUGUUACCCCCUCUUCAGGCAAUUCAGAAGAAACACACAACACAUUGAAGUUUGCACACCGUGCAAAGCAUAUUGAAAUUCAAGCAUCGCAAAAUAAGAUAAUCGAUGAGAAGUCACUUAUCAAAAAAUACCAAACUGAAAUUCGUUGUUUGAAGGAAGAACUAGAAAAACUGAGAAGAGGCAUAGUCACAGUUCCACAAGCAAAAGAUACCGGAGGAGAUGAUAUUUUGCUCCUAAAACAGAAGCUAGAAGAUGGUCAAGUCAGAUUGCAAUCUAGAUUGGAACAAGAGGAAGAAGCUAAAGCCGCUUUAAUGGGCAGAAUACAGCAGCUUACAAAAUUGAUUCUUGUAUCAACAAAAGCUUCACCAUCAUCAAGAAUUCCUCACCGCCCAGGACCAAGGAGAAGGCAUUCCUUCGGAGAAGAAGAGCUCGCUUAUCUUCCACAUCGAAGGCGAGAUCUGAUCUUGGAUGAUGAAAACGACUUGAAUGAUUCUCUUGAUGGCAGUGCUGAAAAUACUGAUGACACAUUAAAAGAAGAGAAACGUCCCAAGAAGAAUGGAUUGCUCAAGUGGUUGAAGUUAAGGAAACGAGAUAGUGGUACUGGGACCUUUGCAAGCUCCAGUGACAAAUCAAGUGGAAUGAAGUCAACAAGUAUACCUUCAACGCCUCAAGCUGAAAGUAUUAAUAUUCAUAUGGAAGCAAGACAUCAACAUUCUUUACUCAUAGAAACUGCUCCUUCUGAUGUCCAUUUAUCUGAUGCCAGAGAGAAUGAAGACGUCCUCCCUGAUGAUGACUUUUUGGGACAAGAGUCUCCACUGACCAGCAUGAAGACUAUGGAUCAAAUUGACCUUCUGAGAGAACAACAAAAGAUCUUGUCUGGUGAAGUGGCGCUUCACACGAGUGCUCUAAAACGUUUAUCCGAGGAGGCUGCACAAAAUCCUAGGAAAGAGCAUCCCCAGGCGGAGAUGAGUAAAUUGAAUGAAGAAAUCCGCAGAAAGAAUGAACAAAUAGCUUCACUGGGCAAGCAAAUUGGAGAUUGCAUUGUUUCUACUCAUGAUAAAAAGGACUUCUUCCAAGAAUCACAAUCUGUGUCUGAACUGAUGGAACAGUUAAAUGAGAAAUCAUUUGAACUUGAGGUCAAAGCUGCAGAUAAUCGAAUAAUCCAAGAGCAACUUAACCAAAAGAUCAUGGAAUGUAAGGAGUAUCAGGAAACAAUUACCACCUUGAGACAACAGCUCUCUGAUACUUUAGAGCCGAAAAACUGCAGCCCAUUGAGUAGUCAUUCACAACGCUUUUUGGAAACCAAAGGUUUGCAGGUAGAACUUCAUACGGGCAAAAAAAAUGCUGUCCUGAAAGAUGGAAAUGGAACAUUGCUUCUACAAGCUCAGGCAAAUGAAAUUGAAGAACUAAAAGGGAGAGUCACUUUAUUAAUUGGAUCGAAAGAGGAAUUAGAGCUACGCAACAAUAAACUGGCAGAGGAGAGUUCAUAUGCGAAGGGAUUAGCAUCUGCUGCUGCUGUUGAGUUAAAGGCUCUGUCUGAGGAAGUUGCAAAACUGAUGAAACACAAUGAAAAAUUAGCUGGUGAGCUGGAAGUGCAAAAAAAUUCUCCGACACAGCGCCGUAACACUAUUUCCAACAGGAAUGGCAGGAGAGAUAGUCAUGUGAAACGACAUGAGCAAAGUCUGUUGGCCUCAGAUAUGAAGAGAGAAAUGGCCCUGAGCCGUGAAAAAGAGCUUUCAUACGAAGCUGCUCUAGCUGAAAAGGAUCAAAGAGAAGCUGAUUUACAUAGGAAAGUUGAAGAAUCUAAACAAAGAGAAGCCUACCUAGAGAAUGAACUCGCAAACAUGUGGGUUCUCGUGGCAAAGCUAAAAAAGUCUCAAGGAGUUGAAAACGACUAAUCAAAAAGAGAAGCAUAGGAUAUCUGAUGACUUUCAGAUAUGAAAUAUUCAGAUGCCAAUGUAAAGAUUUUAGUAGAUAGUAAUUGUAAGUACAGACUGAAGACACAAAUAUUUCCUUCCUAGCUGGGUGGAUUGGGUUAUGCAUUGUAAAGUUGAACCUUUCGUUUUGUUUUUUGCUUUUCGACCCUAAUUCCAAAUUUGUUCUGUUUCAGCUC